UAUUUUUCUCUUUAAUUUUUUUUUUUGCUUUUUUCCAUCAUCAUAUCAAUGACAUAUUUCGUUAGAAAAACGUGGAUUGUCAUAGAAAAUAACCAGAUUUGAUAAAGACAAACAUUUAAAUGGAAAAAAACCAAAUUAUUAAUCAGGAAUUUGGAAAAAAAAAGUUUUUUAAUGAAAGAUAAAAAACAACAACUUAUGACAGUAGAUGGCGAUGUGAGCACUGAAUUCUGUUUUUUUUUUUUUUUUGAUUCGAAUCGAAUUUCAUUUUACAUGACAAUAAUAAUAAUAAAAAAAUUGCCAGAUUGUUAAAGAAUUGUAAACAUUGUAUCGAACAACAACAACAACAACAACAACAAAUCAUAAUACUAUAAUUAGCCAUUAAUUUUGGUAGUUGGUUGGGUCAUUGAAACGAUUGGCAUCACUAUUGGUUGACAUCGUAAGACUUGUAUAAUUAUUAUUGUCAACAACCUCAUGAACAUAUGAAGAACAACAACAAGAUUACAUCGCUAUAUAUUUUGUUGUUGAUUAUGAUUAACAACAACAGCAGAAAAAAAAACAAAUAUACGAUUCUAAUGAACAAGUCAUACGAUUCUUGGCAAAAAAUAAAAAAAUAAUGAUAGUGAUGAUGACGUCGUAAUAUUCUAGUAGAAUAUAUAUAUAAAUAACCUCGACAAUUGCUAAUGAUGAUCACACCAUUCUUUCAUUCAUUCAUUUUCUAUUCGUUUUUGAAGUCAUAUGUGACAAAAAUAUGGAUAUCAAAAUGUUUUAUACGAAUUUUUUCUUAUGUAUCAUAUUGAUUUGGUUUGGACAAUGUUCAUACGUUCAAGGUAUAAUUGAACAUUCAACAACACCUGAUGAUAUGAUAUUCAUUCACCAACAGCAACAUAAUAAUAAAAUGAAUGAUGCCGAUUCAUAUGAGGAGAAAAUUUUACGUGCACGUGCAUAUGUUGAUGUUCUAUCCAUGUCAUCCGAUGAUCAUCAUUAUCAUAAUCAAGAAUCAUUACCAUCAUCAUCAUCAGCAGCAGCGUCUCAGUAUAUGUAUGGGCCAAUCGAACCAUUUAAUCAUCGAAAUGAUGAUCAACAUCACAAUAGUGUUCGAUUCGAAUGGAUGCAUCCAUUUGAAUUUUAUGAAUGCGAUAUGGAAUGA